UGGCGUUAUAAAUAUCCCCGUGCCAGCAGAACAACUUCAGCUACUACAGCCGGGGUAAUGCCCAGAAGCGCUGCACGCGUGUGUGCGCAAGGUUUCUGGUGCCCAGACCUGGAGCGACACCAAAAUGCUAGAACUGGCCUAGCGAGUGUCUCCUUUUUGGAAGAAUGAAUGUUCCUCUUUACCUUCUGACCGUCGCUCAUUUGAUUUGCGCCGCCGGCGGAGCACAGCACCUCUCUUUGGAGCGUCAACUUUUGGAGGAGGAGAUCAGUUCGGGACGCAGAACUUGCAGACUCUACUGUAGGGUUGGCAUCGGCUUCCAUCUCCAGAUUCACCCCGACGGCAGAGUGAACGGCAGCCAUGAGCCCAACCAGCUGAGUGUCCUGGAGCUCUUUGCGGUUUCUCAAGGGGUCAUUGGCAUCAAAGGGGUCUACAGUAACAGAUUCCUGGCCAUGAAUAAAAGAGGACGGCUCCACGCCACUGAAUGGUUCACAGACGACUGUAAGUUCAGGGAACGUUUCCAGGAGAACAGCUACAACACUUAUGCCUCAGUAAUCCACAGGAACCACAGGACUGGUCGCGAGUGGUUCGUGGCUCUCAAUAAGAGGGGGAAAGCUAAAAUGGGCUCCAGCCCACGGGUCAAAUCCCAGCAUGUCUCCACCCACUUCUUGCCCAGGGUCAGUCUGUACGACAAGAUCGAGCAGGGCUUCACCAUCACAGACAGAAGCAAAGAGAGGAGGAAAGCUGCGCUGCCACCACCACCCAAACCUCCUCUGGCGAAGGUUAACGUCAAUGCAGGAACAGCCCCGAGACGUACUCAGGUCAAGUACUGGCCCAAGUACCGGUUUGGAUAGAUGUCAGAGGGUUUGGGUUAGGUGACAAGGUUCAUAGAUGGUGGACAUAUAUAGUGAUGGAUGUGCUCAAAAAACUGACAACGCUUAUUUAUGACAUUCAAAGCAUUCCGGGUAUCUAUGAAGUGUGUG